GCGUCACGGCCAUGGCGGCGGCGAUGGCGGCCGGGGCCCGGCGGCGGGCGGCGGCCUUCUUGCUCUCGACUGUGGCUCGGCACCAGAGUUCCCAGAGCACAUCACUGCAGCAAGGGCUUGUUGCCAAAACCUCUCUCUCUUCACCCCCAUGGCCUGAAGUGAAGCUUCCAGAUCCAGCAGAAGAAGCAAAGCAUCAUGCAGAAGUGGUGCAGAGGGUGAACGAGAUGAUUGCCACGGGGCAGUAUGGGAGGCUCUUUGCUGUGGUCCACUUUGCCAGCAAGCAGUGGAAGAUCACCCCUGAGGACUUGAUUAUGAUGGACAACGCGCUGGAGGCUGAGUGUGGAGACAGGAUCCGGCUGGAGAAGGUGUUGCUGGUCGGUGCUGACGACUUCACUCUUCUUGGAAGGCCACUGCUGGGGAAGGACCUGGUCCGUGUGGAGGCCACUGUGAUUGAGAAGACAGAGUCCUGGCCCAAAAUCAACAUGCGCUUCUGGAAGAGGCACAACUACCAAAGGAAGAAAAUCAUCGUUCACCCACAGACUGUCCUUCGGAUCAACACCAUAGACAUUUUCCCCUGCUUGUCCUGAUGGGCUGCCUGGGCACGGGGUGGCCUCAGGCAGCCCUGCAAAUAAACCUGCCUUGUCACUGGAAA